GUCGUGCGGAUGGGGGUGCGUUAUGCGAAGAACCGCGCUGUGCCGACUGCUGGCUGAACUCGUCCACGCUCGACGAAAAGGACAUCGUUUGCACGCGGUUCAAGCACGGGCUCCUCUGCGGGUAAGCAGCGGCCUUGGCCGGUGGGAAGGGGGCGAUGUCAGAGCGUCGACUCGAACGGCACCCCGUGGGGAUUGGUGGCUGGGCGAGGGAUGUGGAGAGGACGUGAAAUUCUUCAAGGAGCAGCCCUUCGACGACGAUGUACAUCAUGGACCCGCUCAGGCGUCGGGCCUUUCGUUGGCGCGCAUCCUCUACUUCUCCGAGCACAGAGGGAACACGCGCCAAGGACCCCACGACCGCCCGUUGACAUCGCGGGUGAUGGCGUUCGACUACGUCUCCGGAGGUGUUGGGAACCAACGUAGUCCCGACCCCGUCACAUUGCACCCGGUCUUGGUCCUGCGAGGUAGACGGCGCCCGACUGUGUUCCCUUCAGCCGCAAUCGGCGGCAUGUGCACAUGUACCAUCGCUGUCCAGUGCCCGAGCAUCCGCCUGCCGAUCGUGAAUGGAUGUGUGAACCUGAACGAUGUGGUCGGAGCGGACGCCAAGUGUGGCGACACAAGUUCAGGCUGGCGUCGCCGGGAGACGGGCCGUGCGACCGCUUUCUCUUGAAUGAAUUCCACCACAGCAUCAACCGAGAGUCUUUUGUCUAGAACUUUAUUCCAUGUACAGCGGUAACCCUGCGGAGAAAAUGUGCGCUUUGCCACUGGCGAUCUACAUACUUGAUGAGGUUGUUGAGGUAGACGAAAUAAUAACAUGUUGCGGCGAAUUGGAAAAAGUUAUAGUCAUGUGCAUGCGCCGGAUACACGCGGACACACGCGGACAAACGCGGACAAACGCGGAGAGGAGGUAGAGUUUUCUUAAGCAUUUGGGAUGGAUGGAGUUGGUGGAGCGAUGGGGCGCCGGCGUGCAGCGUGUGGGAUGUGUGCGGGCGCUCGAGGGAGAGGGGGAGAGGGUUGGGCGGGACUGCG